AUUAUAUUUUCAUCGUCAAGCUUUCACAGAUCUAGCCAUUGUAUCAUAGUAAUUAGUCUGAGAGUUCAGAGAGUAAGUUGUGGUUUGAGAAAUGAAGCCGGCGGUGCAUAAGACGGCGGGGGACAAGGUGACAAUCAGAACCGACUGCCGAGCCGGCGACGAGGGGCGAAAGCACGUCGAGAAAGUCGAGGUCGACACGCGCAACGUUGACACGCUUAAGUACAUUGAAAGGAAGCUGACGGAGAAAGGCGUUCAGAGGCUUGAGCGCCACCCCGCCGACGGGCUGCCGUUGAAGCAUGAUCCGAAGAAGGGCCACGGCGGCAAGUACACUUGGGAAGGCCCGGGUAACGAGGCGGAGAACGACCUCGAUCCGGCCCCUCCGGCUCUGGACGAAAGGGACCCUAACUAUGUAGAGGAGGAAAAAGAACAGCCGACGGGGAGCGACGGCGGCGGACUGGUGGUCGGCCAAGUUGACGUCGCUAAGGUUGCUGGAGAAGGGGUGGCUAGGAUCGAAGUUGAUCCUCUCUUGAAAGCAAAUUACGAGUAACAAAGUGUACUAUAUAUAUAUAUACCUCGUACCGUU